UGUCUAAGCAAAUAUCAGAUGUAUCGAAUGGUAGCAAUGGAUGAGUAUGCGGGGAUAGAAUACGUCAAAUUGGCUAGUAAGAUGUAUACUAGCAGGUGGAAGGCAGAAUUGGGUGCCGGUAGAGGACGAAGUGUAAUGCUUGAACCUGGUUUCGGGGUUAAGGUACAAACAAACGAACCCCCUCAGUCUCUUGUAGCCCCAUUCGGUGCCCCCUUUGAAAACCUCGUCAUUCGGGAAAUGUUUGUGGUUGUAGUACCCGUGUUGCAUAUGUACUUCACACUUCCACCGCACACACGUUGGUAUUGUGUUGCAUUAUCCAUGAAGGAUAAGCGGAUUUGGGUCCUUGAUCCUACAUCAGACGAGCCUUUGUCUGAGCACGGUCGUCUGAUUAGCCACAUGGUAAUGAUUGUAUCUAAAAACAUUUAAUAAUUAUCGCAUACAUUUCAUACAUAUGAUUGACUUGUUAUUCUUGUAGUUGAAGUACUU